CGAACGACGGGCGGCGGCGCGCGCCCCUCCCGCGCAGGACGGCGCUGCCCCGGCGGCAUGAGGGGAGAGCGCGGCCGGCUCCGAGCGGUUUGAGUUGAUCUCACUAAACUGCAGCCAUGGUGCAGAAGUACCAGUCACCCGUACGGGUGUAUAAACACCCUUUUGAGUUAAUUAUGGCUGCAUAUGAAAGAAGGUUUCCCACGUGCCCUCUGAUCCCCAUGUUUGUGGCCAGUGACACUGUGAGUGAGUACAAGAGUGAGGAUGGGGCCAUCCAUGUGAUCGAGCGGCGCUGCAAGCUGGACAUCGAUGCACCACGGCUGCUGAAAAAGAUUGCUGGAGUGGACUAUGUCUACUUUGUCCAGAAGAACUCUCUGAACAGGCGAGAAAGGACUCUGCAUAUCGAAGCCUACAAUGAAACCUUCUCUAACAGAGUCAUCAUCAACGAGCACUGCUCCUACACAGUUCAUCCUGACAAUGAAGAUUGGACCUGUUUUGAACAGUCAGCAAGUCUGGAUAUCAAAUCUUUUUUUGGUUUUGAAAGCACAGUGGAAAAGAUUGCCAUGAAACAAUACACCAGCAAUAUUAAAAAGGGAAAAGAAAUAAUAGAGUACUACCUGAAGCAGCUGGAGGAAGAAGGAAUAACUUUUGUCCCUCGCUGGACUCCUCCUGUUGCAUGUAAAUCAGAGAGCAGCACAUCCCACCCCAGGAGACCAGUGUCACCUGCCAUUAAUAUCCCAGAGUCUGCCACAAAGGAGGGCUUGAGCAACAAGGAGAUCCUCAACACCUCCAGCAGCCCCUCGGAGCCCACGGCAGGAACACCCGAUGAUAAGCUGGAUGCAGACUACAUCAAGAGGUACCUGGGGGACCUGACCCCGAUGCAGGAGAGCUGCCUCAUCCGCCUGCGGCAGUGGCUCCAGGAAACGCACAAAGGCAAAAUCCCAAAGGAUGAACACAUUUUAAGAUUCCUGCGUGCCAGGGACUUCAACAUCGACAAAGCAAGAGAGAUCCUUUGCCAGUCCCUGACGUGGCGUAAGCAGCACCAGGUGGAUUAUAUUCUGGACACCUGGAAUCCUCCCCAAGUGCUCCAGGAUUACUAUGCAGGAGGCUGGCAUCACCAUGACAAAGAUGGGCGCCCUCUCUACGUGCUGAGGCUGGGCCAGAUGGACACCAAGGGGCUGGUGCGAGCGCUGGGGGAGGAGGCCUUGCUGCGCUAUGUUCUUUCAAUAAAUGAAGAAGGGCUGAGGCGAUGUGAGGAGAAUACAAAAGUGUUUGGCAGGCCAAUAAGCUCUUGGACCUGCCUAGUGGAUCUGGAAGGCUUGAACAUGAGGCAUUUAUGGAGACCUGGUGUCAAGGCCUUGCUGAGAAUCAUCGAGGUGGUUGAAGCUAAUUACCCUGAGACCUUGGGUCGUCUGCUUAUCCUCAGGGCACCUCGGGUAUUCCCAGUUCUCUGGACACUGGUUAGUCCAUUCAUUGAUGAUAACACUAGAAAGAAAUUCCUUAUUUAUGCUGGAAAUGACUACCAGGGUCCUGGGGGACUGCUGGAUUACAUCGAUAAAGAAAUUAUCCCUGAUUUCCUGGGUGGAGAGUGCAUGUGUGAAGUACCAGAGGGUGGGCUGGUUCCCAAGUCCCUCUACCGGACAGCAGAAGAGUUGGAAAAUGAAGACAUCAAGCUUUGGACUGAAACAAUUUACCAGUCUGCAAGUGUCUUCAAAGGAGCUCCACAUGAGGUUCUCAUCCAGAUCGUGGACGCCUCGUCGGUGAUCACGUGGGAUUUUGACGUGUGCAAGGGUGACAUUGUUUUUAACAUCUUCCAUUCCAAAAGAGCCCCACAGCCUCCCAAAAAGGACUCUCUGGGAGCUCACAGUAUUACAUCUCCUGGUGGCAACAACGUCCAGUUGAUAGACAAGGUCUGGCAGCUGGGCCGUGACUACAGCAUGGUGGAGUCUCCCCUGAUCUGCAAAGAAGGGGAGAGUGUGCAGGGCUCUCACGUGACCAGGUGGCCUGGCUUCUACAUUUUACAGUGGAAAUUCCACAGCAUGCCUGCCUGUGCUACAACCAACCUGCCUCGUGUGGAUGAUGUGCUGGCAUCUCUACAGGUGUCCUCUCACAAAUGUAAAGUGAUGUACUAUACAGAAGUGAUAGGAUCUGAAGAUUUCAGGGGAUCUAUGACCAGCCUUGAAUCAAGCCACAGUGGAUUUUCCCAGCUCAGUGCUGCCACCACCUCCUCUAGCCAGUCCCAUUCCAGCUCCAUGAUUUCCAGGUAGUGCCACAACAGCUGAAAAGCAAAUGGAUGUGAUGGCUGGACCCUCGCCCAUGGCAGCUGACUGCAAUACAGCAUAUUCAACUGGCAAUUGUGCAAAAAACCCCACCCCAAAAAGCCUUUUAUAGAUAGUAAAGUAGCUGUUUGAAUUUUACACUUAGUGGUUUUGGUCUUUGUUAGAUCCAACAGCUUGUCUCUUAACUUUAACCCUUUUUCCUAACUCAGCCAUAAAUAUUUUUGCAAGUGUGCUUGCACAAAUCCUAACUCUGAACACAAGGGCUCUUACUGAAAAGGAAAAACAACUAGUGCAUCAGUUAAGAAUGAAUUUUUUUUAAACUGUGUAGAUGUUAAAAAGCAAAAAAGAAAAACCCUACCAAAAAUGCUCCAUAGUGCAUUAGAGAUCAACUGCAAGUCUCCUGUCAGGACAUUCCUUGCCAUCCUGAGAAAUCCCCUGUGAUCUUCCAGUGCUGCAAACUGUUCUCCUGUUGCCACUAAUGAUGUCCAAGACAAAGGACAGCAGUUGCUGGAUACUUGACUUUGUGAGUCCAUUUUUUCAAAGCAUGCCCACAGAGCUGUGGCCAGGCUGUAACACUGAAUUUACCUUUUGUAUGAGCACAUUUCUGGGGAAUUUGAGCUCUGGGUCUUGCUGGGUUAAAGCAAUUUGUUCUUUCCUUGGAUUUGUGCAUGGAGCACUGUGGAGAGAGAGGCAGAGAGCAGGCUCUCCCUCACUGUGUCACACUGGGCUCAUCCCGAGCUGCUCUCAGCUUUUGUCCCCAGCUCUGUGCUGGAGCUUCACUCUGUUUCCUUAGUGCAUUCCAAGCAAAUGGAUUUUACUGAGAUUCUCUUCUUGUCAAGAAUUUAUGCACAGCUUCAGCUUGCUACUUAAAGCAGUCUGAAGGAGUUGUGGCUUCCACCCUUCCUGAGCACUUCUCCCUCCCUGGGGCCUCCUGUCCUUCCCUGUGCCUGGCAGAAAUAGAGCACCUCAGUUCUGGUCAGCCUUCAUGUGGGCUGGCAGCACAGGGAUCUUCCCUGAGUGAUACAGGAGAAGAUACUCUAAGGAUUUUCUCCACAAUUUCACUACUGCCACUGCCAGAGGUGAUCUGCCAUUUGGGAUCCUGUCCCUGUUUGCCAGGCCCAAGCUGGACCCUUGCUGAACUCUGUUCAGGUGUCCUUCCUUCUCCAGCCCUCUCUCUGUGCACAGCAAAAGCUCCAAAGAACUGUCAGACAAACAGGCCUGGCAGUGGAGCAGAGAACAUUUUGGUUUGAAAUGCAGCAGAAUUUGCACAGUUAUACCCUUCUCAAUCUUCCCUUACCCUUGCUAGAGCUAAAAUGUCCAUGCAGGCCCAAGAGCUUCUGUGCUGGCUGCAGUCCCUAGGAAUGAGAUAGGAUCUGAUAAGUGGUAGAGGAGCUUGCUGUUACACUUGGAAAGCAGAACUCACUAAAGAUUCUGGAUUCCCUGCCUGAGGAAAGCUGGUUCUGAACUCAGUGUGAAGCUUUUUUAUGCCUGCAGAGCUCAGGAGAGGCAGGUGACAGACCCCUGACAGCAGCUCUGCUGCAGCCCCAGCCUGGCUGUGGCAUGGGGCAGAGCUGACAGAUAUUUUAGUAACAGAGGUGCUCAGAGACCAGCCUCCUUAAACUGAACCAAACUGAUGUGUUGUGGAGCUCUUUCAGGACUCAGAAACUGCAGAUGGAGGUUAGGCUGUUACCCAGGCUGCCAGAGUGACACAGGUCACUGCUUUGGUGUCACAGCUCCCAGCACAGGCUGUGGCUCCAGGGCUGCUCCCGGGAGUUCUGCCAGGUUCUGACACCAGGAACAGCAUUCCCAGCACAGGGAGUGCAGCUGGAGCACAGUGAGGUUCACCUGCUGCCACUUGUGGCAUUUCUUCCCAUUCACCAGGCUGUAAGGGCUGAAGAUGGUCCCUUUCUCUCUCUCUCUCUCUCUCUCUCAGAUGGAGAUUUUGCUGACAACUGUAAAGAAUCUGCUCCAUUCAACACUCCACAUCUGUCCAGGUGUCUGGCUUUGUAGAACUUUUUGGGUUGCAGUCCCUUUUCAGAUCUGAGGAUCUAUAUUUUUGUUUUUCACUUGAGCUGGCUCAAAAGUGGCACUUUGGGUUUUUCCUGCUGUUGAUCUUAAACACAUCUUUUAGAGCUCAAAGCACAUGACAGCACAAACAGCCAGGGAGAUAAAAUUCCAGAAAAACAAUAGUUAAUCUUCCUGUAAGCAAAGUGCUGUGGCAAUAUGACUUGAUCACUGCAGUCUAAUUAAUUAAUUUCCCAUACCUUGGUCUUUCUUUGUGUGAUACUGCUCUUCCUUCUCUCAGCCAGUGAUUCUUCUGUUGGCACCUUUCCAGUUAUCAGUGUCCUUCACUUCCCUGUCCCUCCUCAUGAACUGCAUAUCAAAUUCUGUAAAUGUUUUGUAUACAUAAUACCUCAUUCUUGGUAAUAAAAUACAGAUAGUCUUUAAAAGA